GUUGCCAUGUAGAACGGGGCAAACUUUUUGUGUUAAGAAAAACUUGUUUUAAGGGUUGUGUGUCAGGCCUUGUAACGUUUAUAUAACAUCAGAACGUCACUAACGCCAUUUACGCCAAAGGACGGUAUAAGCAUGGGUUUUAAUUACGUCAGGGACCUAGCAGGAAAAGCUGUUAAGCUCAGGUGGUUUGCUGUGGAGGGAGAGAUACGUCGACACCGGUAAGACUAUGAUUGUCGCUGAUGUGACGCCGGUACUCCUGGUGACCCACCUGUAGCAGGGUCAUGUCACGAGAUGUAGCGGCUGAGGCUGAGGUUACAAGAUUAACAGGGCUUAGCCGCUAGCCUGGCCAUGCUACCCUCGGCACAUGACAGAUGUAUAAUUUAAUACUCACCCAUACAUGAUGAGAUAACCAAGGAAAAGGGCAUACUUGACAAACAAAACCUCAUUACUCCAGAAUACAUUAAUCUCAACAGUCGAGAGUCGAGUUCCUCUUGUGUCGCCAUGGAUACACGCGUGAUUUUUACAAAGAAGGGAAAGUUGAAGCACGCCGAUGGCUAUAAUGGUGACCUUGAUGUAGGGAAGGAUGAUUCUUCUGAAGAAGAUGAUGUGUUUAUAGCCGAUCCCACCAUAGACAUCAAUGGCUCUCUCACCAAACCUCUUAUGCAUCCCAGACAUAGGUCAAAACCCAAAGGUCACAGGUCACGACCUUGUUGUCGUCUGCUCAGGCCUGUGUUGUGCUUUUUACUUCUCGUGGCCGCCAUGGGAUCCCUGAUGUCAGCUGUAUUGUAUUUUGUAAACCACAAGAAUAAGGCAGGGGACAAGCUUUCCUCCAUACAGAGAGAAGAUGCAAAUAUUUUGGGUUGUUAUCGGAUCUCAUCGGAGGAUGUGUGGGUAGUGGGAAUCCCUAAGCUGAUCACUGAGUCCGCCAUCAGGCUGGUUGAUGUGAACCAGGACGGGAUACUGGACGUGAUAACGGGAUUCGGAACAGGGGCGGAUGGCUACAACAUCCCCGACAUUGUCUGUGAUAUUUACUUCAACGGCACGAAACCUUGUCAUGGCGGCUUGCUGGCGUUAGAAGGCCUCACUGGGCGUGAGCUUUGGAGGCACUACGCUCCUCACGAGGUGUUUGCCCUCAACUGUAACGCGGACCUGAACGGAGACGGCGUCUUUGAUUGUCUGGGAGCAGGGCGCGCUGGGGUGUUUCAGGCGGUAAGUGGUAAAGAGGGGAGACUACUCUGGAAUUUCGGCAGCCAGGAGGCAAAAAACGACAUCAUGAAUUUGUAUACGCCUCAGUACAUCGAUGAUUUGGAUGGUGACGAUGUUAUAGACAUUCUGAUAACGCACGGUGGGGACCCUCUUCAGAAUCCAGGAAGCAAGCAUCGCCUGUCGGGUCGGCUGUUGAUCCUAAGCGGGAGAACUGGGAAGGUACUGAAGUGGGUGGGCGUGCCGGACAAACGGGAAGUGUACUACUCACCUCAGAUCUACCAGAGACGGGACGCCAGCCGGGUGGUGCUGUUCGGGACAGGCGGGGAGACCCACCCCGGGUCGCUCUGGUAUAUCACUCUUCAGGAUCUGUACGAGGGGAACAUGGGCAGGGCGGAGCGUAUCUACAAGGACGAGCACAAGGGGGUGAUGACGCCCCCGGGGCUGGUGGACCUGACCGGAGACGGUGUGAAGGACAUCGUUAUGGCUAUGUUUAACUCCACAGUCCUGGCCAUUGACGGCGAGACUCACAAAUACCUGUGGAACUACAGCUUUCCCAUGUCCGAGUCGUACAGUACUCCCGCCAUUGGAUUCUACAACAAUGACAGUGUGCCGGAUUUCUUGGUGAAGUACUCAUUUGGGCCAGGGUUCCCUCUAUAUUACCACGCAGAGACGACGGUGCUUGACGGACGCACAGGUGAGUCUCUUUUAGAACAGACAAUCAAGGACAGUGUGGGAGCCCAGGCCUCACCUUUGACAAUCAGCGUGCAGGGGCACGGUAAUGACAUCUUCCUCUAUUGGAUAGCGGACUGUAAAGAGCACGAGGGGGAAGGAGGCGCCUACAAGUUCAUCAAAGGUACGAACGUGCAUGAGCAGAGUCGCUCGGACUUCUGCAGGCUCCGGUUCAAAACCAAUGGUUUCUCCAAGCUUUAUGCUUUAACCUCCCGUGUUCCUGUGCCAGGGAAAGCCAUCUACGUCUCGGAGGACCGGAAGUGGGUGGAGAGCAGUGUUUGGAUUAACACAACCCAAGAGGCCCUGAACUUCGUCCGAGACCACCCUGAGCAUCUCCACGACUAUUUGGCCUUUUCUGCAAAGACCCAGAUGGCCGAUGAGGCCAAAACUGCUAAACGCAAGGGUGAUGGUCAGAACCCCCUGUCCGCCCGGGGACCACCCAUUGCGUUGGGCGAUGCCAUCAGCACGGACUACAGCUCGGAACCGGACAGUCCGCAAUAUGGUCAGUUGUACGAUGAUGACCUGGGCACGGACACUGAGCAACUGACCCGGGACAAAGUGUACGAUGCCUUGAACAGAGUGCUGGGAGAAUACGAGUCGAAUGGCCAGGGCAGAUACAAGCCACAGUCAGGUUCACAGGGCAGUGGCCUGGGAUACGGAAACUAUUAUCAGCCCACAGACAGGUACGGAAAAGACACGGUGUAUAAGAGAUCCAGAACGAUACACCGGAAGUCAGAAGACGAGACAAGGUCGCGGUCUGGAGUGCCUAAGUACAUCAUGAGGAGAAAACGUAGGAACGCUGAAGGUGUGAGCAUGGGUAGAAACAGAGAGCCUGACCAAACUUCCCAGUUUAGCCAAGAAAACAUUUUAUUGACUUAUAAAAAACUGGCAGCAGAGAAACUUGCUCGCUUUUUGAGCGAGCACGAAGUUGGUGGUGCGAGAAAAAAGCGACAUGUUGGACCCCAUGACGAAGGGGGCCUUCAGAGGUUGCUGUCCACUGGAACUGUGGCCCCCACGACACUGGAGCCCGAUCACCCUGACUACAACCACACCGCCGACGUUGUGUUCGCCACAUACUGGUUCUUCCCGGCCAAAACGCAGGCCAUACUUCCACAAGACCAACACUGCAUCGACCAGAAGCUCUCCCAAGAGAAAAUUCGAUUUGAUGUGAAGAGUCAUUACUACGGGAUGGACCACGAUGCGUACGAGCACGCCAUAACGGACGAGUGCCUGGAAGAGAGCAAGCACCAGCUGCCGAAUGAGGGUACAUACGAGAGUCAGACGUCGUACAACCCGUACAACGUCCACAUGGGCCAGAUGACAAUCUACAGGAUACGCGUGAAAUGCACAUGUGAUCAGGCUGAAAUCGUCCGCACGGGAAAACAGUGCAGUCGGGUAUUGCCUUUUGCAGAGCAGCAGUGGGCAGGCUAUAUGGGAAGUCACGGAGACAGCCAUUGGGAACCGCGAGACUGGGAAAAUCAUAUCAGCAUAUUACUCCCUGAUGUCUGACCGGACAUAUAUAUCACACAAUAGGCCUACAUGGACUAGUUACACAAACAUACUGAUGGGGAGUUACAUGAACACUUGUAUAUUUUCUGUCUUGUAAAAAUGUGUAUGUGCUUUAAAUACUGUUGUGCAGAGUUAUAUUUUUGUCAGUGUAUAUUAAUGAGAGAACAUAAUUUACGACGAGUUUUUGAUGCAAUUAAUCUAUAGUAGCUGUGGAUUAGAAAUAAAAGCGAAUAAAACCCUUUGUAUAA